CGCCAUUUUACAGACUUUUUUUUUGUGACGCAGCGUUGUUGUAAUAAAAAAGGUUGUAAUUUUCUUGAACUGCAACAACUGCCAAGUUAUUUAACGCAAAGCAGAAUUAAAAAUGUCGCAACGCUUUGCGCCUGGCCAAGCGCCAGUGCAGUCGCGCUACCAGCCACCACCCCAAUCGCCUGGCAUGCGUCCCUAUCCACCAGUCACCGGCACCACUUUCCCGCCACGCGGCUUUCCGCUACAUCCGAAUACAACGCAGCCAGUGCCCGGCAGUGUUACCGCGCCCGUUGGCCCCGGCCCCGCGCUGCUGCAGCGCACCACCCAGCCCAGUUUCCAGAGCGGAUUGCGCGGCAGCGGCUCCGGCGGUGCUGGCGGCGGCGGUGGCAGCAAACGUUCGGCGGAGUCACGUAGCCUGAACAGCGGUCCCAACAAGGGCGAAUUUGCAACUGGCGCCAAAAAGAAGAAGAAAUUGGCGGAUAAAAUAUUGCCCCAAAAGGUGCGCGACCUGGUGCCGGAGUCGCAGGCGUACAUGGAUCUGCUAACAUUUGAACGCAAACUGGACGCCACCAUCAUGCGCAAACGUCUGGACAUACAGGAGGCGCUCAAGCGGCCAAUGAAGCAGAAGCGCAAGCUGCGCAUCUUCAUUUCGAAUACAUUCUACCCGAGCAAGGAGCCGAGCAAUGAUGGGGACGAGGGCGCCGUUGCCUCCUGGGAGCUGCGUGUGGAGGGGCGCCUGCUGGAGGAUGGCAAGGGUGAUCCCAAUACGAAGAUCAAGCGCAAAUUCUCAUCGUUCUUCAAGUCGCUGGUCAUCGAACUGGACAAGGAGCUGUAUGGGCCGGAUAAUCAUCUGGUGGAAUGGCAUCGCACACACACCACACAGGAAACGGACGGGUUUCAGGUAAAACGGCCCGGCGAUCGAAAUGUGCGCUGCACCAUUCUGUUGCUGCUCGACUACCAGCCGCUGCAGUUCAAACUGGAUCCGCGCCUGGCCCGGCUGCUGGGCGUGCACACACAGACGCGGCCCGUCAUCAUCUCGGCGCUGUGGCAGUACAUCAAGACGCACAAGCUGCAGGAUGCCCACGAGCGGGAGUAUAUCAAUUGUGACAAAUAUUUGGAGCAGAUCUUCAGCUGUCAGCGCAUGAAAUUUGCUGAGAUACCACAGCGUCUGAAUCCGCUGCUCCAUCCGCCAGAUCCGAUUGUCAUCAAUCAUUUCAUUGAGAGCGGCGCGGAGAACAAACAGACCGCCUGCUACGAUAUCGAUGUCGAGGUGGACGACACGCUCAAGACCCAAAUGAAUAGCUUUUUGAUGAGCACCGCCAGCCAGCAGGAGAUCCAGGGUCUGGACACAAAGAUACACGAGACCGUCGAUACGAUCAAUCAAAUGAAAACGAAUCGCGAAUUCUUUCUCAGCUUUGCCAAGGAUCCGCAAAUGUUUAUCCAUCGCUGGAUCAUCAGCCAGACGCGAGACCUUAAGCUCAUGACCGAUGUUGUUGGCAAUCCGGAGGAGGAGCGACGCGCCGAGUUCUACUAUCAGCCCUGGACGCACGAGGCCGUCUCGCGCUACUUCUUCACCAAGGUCAAUCAGAAGCGCGCCGAACUGGAGCAGGCCCUCGGCAUACGCAACGGCUAAGCGAGUCUCCUGUGAAUCCCUGUCGAACCGCACGACAUGGCACGGCACGGCAAACUCCCUUUUCCUUCGGCAGUUUAGUU